AUGAGCAGUCUUCAAGACCAAAUCGCUCAAUUGGCAAGCCAUGACGCUGCAAGGAUAAAUAAGCCUUCGAAAAGGGACUCUUAUCUAUUCGAACCAAAUCAUGCGGCUGAAUUGGAUAUCAGUGAUAUACACCUCUUAGCCAUCGGUGGUUACGAUCAGCUCAAAGAACUUGAUUCUUCUUUUGAAGAUUUUGAGUCCACCCUUUUCACAGACCCCGUCAAAGAUCUCGAUAGAACUUCCCUCAACAAAUCCCAAGUCGAGCUGCUUAACACUACCCUUAACAGAUUCCUCGUUAAGCUCAGCCCUCACUUGCCUACAAGAGCUGCUGCCAAGGUUUUGGAGUGGCUCAUUAGAAAGUUCAGAGUACACGAAUUCAAUAUAGACGCAACUUUAAUUGCCUUCCUCCCUUACCACGACUCUACAAGCUUUUCAAAAAUCUUGCAGCUGCUCAAUUUGCCUCCUGCAUCGAGCAGCAACAAGUAUUCCUUCUUGCUUCCUGUCAAGAAAUCUCACCAGGCGCUGCAAAGAUCAAUCCUACUGAGAGCAAUCAAAUCUGAUCACGAGGUUCUCAAGCUCGUCUCUCAAUCCCUUCCUUCCGCUCUCGAAGUCGUCUCCACUCAUAGACCACUUUCUUCAUUCUGGACUAUCACUUUGUUGGAAUACAUUCAGCAAGCUAGAAAAAUUCAAGACGGUGAAUUGACCACCCUCUACGCCUCUAUUAGAGCUACCCUUCGUAAUAAAUCCAGCAAGGAUGCUCAAUAUGCUGCAAGAAUGGUUUUCGUUGUCUUAGCUCAGAAGAUGCCUCUCGGUGAUAAGCUCCUUACUUCUCUCAUGGUAUCCAUGCUCAAAGCUCUUAAAGAUGACAAGAAAAUUGACAGUGAGGUUGAUCAGAUUCUGCUCACUCUCUUUGCAAUCAUUGACGCUCAGGGUGUUCAAAUUGCUCAUGAAGAUUACGCCAAACGUGUCCUCUCUAUCCAUGAUCUUGGCAACCGCUUCUUAAGCUACCUAGACAACUACAGUGUCGACAAAGGUAUCGCCAGCCUCAUUCCAACUCUCAUGGCAAAAGUAAAGGAUAGUGAUACUGCAAAAUCAACACUCGUUACUCUCCUCGAAUCUCCAAAGCUUUCAAAGAUAGUUGGUCAAUCAAUUUGCGACGUCCUCAUUCAACACGCACAGGCCGAGGAGUAUGCCUCACUUAUCAGUCUCGCUUACCAGAGAUGGGGAGAAACAUUUGACAACUCGAUACAAAAGUAUCAAAAGACUCUCGAUGACGCUCAGCGCAAGCAACUCUUCACUGCACUCACCAAUGCCAAUUCUCACGGCAUGCACAAGACGAUGGACACUGGUGACAAUGCAACCACUCUAUUCUUGUCGACUAACGCUGCAGACAACACCACCCGUGCAUUGGCCGUAACCCAGCUGCUCGAUCAAAUAAAAGCAGGUCAAAUCGAUGAUAAGGAUUUUGUUCAAGAUACUUUAAUAGCAAGGCUAGGAGAUGACGUCUCAAGUAUUAUCACCUCGCUUUACACCCAGCCUGACAUAGUUCUUGAUCACGUCAGCGCUGAAGCUAUCCUAAAAGCAGUUGACCAAUCAAUGAACGCUAAGCGCGUACCAUCAGAGGUCGUACUGGCUCACGUCAGCUUCCUUGUGAACCACUUUGCACGUCGUUAUUCAUCGAAACUCAUUCUUCCUGUCAUUUGGAAUCAGCUUCUAGUCACAUCCAAGACUUUAAAUAGCAGAAAAAGGCUGUGGCAGUUGAUAAAAGAAGCCAACAUCAAAGAAGGCGCUUUGAAGGGAGUCGCAGAGCCUGUCGUCAAGAUUCUCAUUCAAGAAGAGCACAAGACAGUGAACGACGUCAUAGCUCAAUCGUUAGCUAAGAAUAUGUUGGAAGAUCAUGACGUUCUUUUCAAUCUUAUUCGAGUUGAUGCAGCACACAAUACGCGUAUGCUUGCCUUGCUCGUUUCAUCCCAUCUCCUUAGUCAAUUAUCUGGUGAACCCAAACUCAAGCUUUCAGCUAGCGUAUUGGAGAAUACUAGCAGAAGUACGCUCGAAAACUCAUCAGUGAAUGAAUUAGCUGUUAUGAACACUGAGAAGGUUUCGUCCAUGUUGUACAAAAAACCAGAGUCAGAAACCACUAUCCACUCGGUCGUUGCAUUGGCACUGUCAGUUGGUAUCAGCAACAUAACUUUCAAAGAAAUCUCUUGGCUCAGUAAGGCGUCUAGAGAAGCGCACACAUUCGAGACUGAGUUCUGUUACGCUGCAUACAGACUGGCUAAUGCACCAACUACUUUGACCAGCUUAGCCACCACAUUGCUCAGAUCAAUUUUCACAGGAUUGAGAGACUCCUCACUCGCUUUCCUUGCUUCUAUCUACACUGACAGGAGCCAAAGUGGUCAUAUCCGCAAUGCAUCAAUUAAGCACGCUGAAGCUUUCUUGCAAGUAUCUGCCCAUCCUAAAGCUAGUGUUGAUUACCAGACUAUUCUUCCAUCAUUGCUAAUUGGAUUGCAAGACCCAGUGAAGGAUAUCCGUUCAGGUGCUUCCCACUGCAUAAAACUGCUGUCGAAGUCGCAUUGCACGACUGGUAACAUGUACGCUUUUGAUAAGAUAUACGGCGAGAGCUCCAAGAAGAUACAGUACCUCGGAUCAGAUGAAGUUCAAGAGUACUGCAAAGUUCUCAACGACGAAAGUGAGAACUUUGUCAACGAUGGCGGAUAUUUGACUACUUAUCACUCAAACAUACUCGGUAGGAGUAAAAGUGACAAGAAACUCUCGAAGCAGUUGAGAGUUAGUAUCAUCUGCUACCUCUUUUCACAUGUUGUUGGUUGGCAGAACUUGGAAGCUAGACGCAUUCUUAUGGAAUCACUUGCUGAUAUUUGGGAUGCAAACAGAUUAGCUACCUUAACACCACUUAUCAAAUCUUUAUUAGAGUCGCAAGCAACUGAUUCAGAGAUAAAGCUUGUCAAGAAUACUGAAGUUGAAGAUAAGGAUAAGUUUGUUGAUGGUGUCUUCUCAUCAUUCAGCAGAAGCGCUUCCAAGUCUUUACUAAAUGAAAACGACGAGAUUUACACUCUCUUCAAAAAAUCUCUCCAGAAUGUCGAAUACACUCCUUACGUCCUCAGAUGUAUGCAAGGCGGUGUCUUUGGUGUACUAGAUGGCAAUAUGAAGAUGGAAGUGUCAAAGCUGUUAAUGGAGAUUAUCGAGGGACCAGAGAUCCGUCUUGCGCAAAUCACAAGCGACGCGCUCAAAGGCAUCGCACUUGAUGAAGUCACGUACACCUCUCUUCUGCAAUUGACCAGAACAGAGCUUGGUGGUGCAUCAGAGGCUGAGCCACCUACAUCUAAGCGCUCUCGUACUGAUAAGACGCCAAGUGAACCAUCUCAAAACCGUCUUCUUACUCGCUUGACCAGCAUCUUUGACUGGGUUGGCGCAUUGUCAGCUGAGCUUUCACCUCAGCCAUCCGCAGAAGCACUUAUCUCUACGUUCGAAACGUUGGCUCAGGUUACAGAAAUACACGCUACUGUUGCUGGAUGGAGUGACAAUAGCGAGGUCGACUACGUUGAACAAAUGUGCUUGAGUCAAUUGAAAGAUUGGAGUGAGUCUAUUGAAGACUGGUCCAACCUCUCUCAAGCUAUCCGUAUUGACACUGUUGUCAACGUUAUUAGAGUCUCCAAGAACCCUCAAACUUUCCAACAAGCUUUACUGCUCAUUUCAACCCUCGCAAAGUUGGCACCAGACAAUGUUUUACACAACGUUAUGCCAAUCUUCACCUUCAUGGGUGCAAACAUCCUUCAACGCGAUGAUAGCUUCUCGUUUAACGUUGUGCAAAAGACCAUUGAAGGUGUGGUGCCAGUUGUGGUUGAUUCUCUCAAAAACCAAGCUAAGGAUCAAGAAUCACUUAUGAAGGCUUCUAAACCGUUCUUAAUGACAUUCACUGACGCAUCAAACCAUAUACCAAAGCACAGAAGAUUGUUGCUGUUCAGCUUCCUCGUUGAGGUGCUCGAUCCUAUUAAAUACUUAUCAACAAUAUUGAUGCUGCUUGUUGAUAAGGCUGCAAACAAGGUAGUUAAAUCGUCUGGAGAUAGGCAAGCACCAAUCAUCCUUCCUUUGGGUAUUGUCACUGCGUUUGGUCCUCAAGAACAAUUGACUUCUUUGGAGAGAAUCGUCAGUGAGGUUUCAGCAUUCAGCAAGCGUCUCAGUGGUGCUCCAAAGCAAAAUAUCUUUUUAGAAAGACCUCCUGAUGAGAAAACGAAAGAUCAGAACUCCUUAUGGAAGCGCCAAUCACUCGCCCUGUUAUUCUUUGUUGAACAAGCAUUUCAAAUCACUAAGAUCAAAAUGGGUGUAAUCAAGUCAAUCUCUAAUGACAAAGUUAUCGAGAGUAAGCUUAUGUCCAUCAUUAACCAACUCCUCUUGCUUGGCUCAGAGGAGACGAGCAACGAUGAUCUCAACAGAGUUGCAAAGACUACGCUUGUUGAAGUUCUGAACGUCAUUCCAGUAACUUCAUUUGCAAAAAUUGUUAAGGAAUUACUUGAUGCUUCAAAUGAGAAUGUCCGUCUGGGUGCUCUUCAAGUGCUCAGCAUCAGAUUGAAGGGUGUCAAAGAUACACACAGAGAACAAGUAUCAGAUGCUGUUAUUUCAGCUGCUCAGCUCGCUCUCAACCUCCUUAAAUCCGACAAUGCUAGAUUAGUAGACAAGGAGUUGGCUUUGGGAGCGCUCAAGACUAUUGCAGACUCAGCUGUAAAUGGUGAACUGUCAAUUUUGUCUAAAUCUGUAUCCUCAGUGUUGGACUUUGCAAACAAAUCGGAGAACCCACUGGCUGCUUUCUUGCUGCUCGAGUCACUCACACCAAAAUUACAGACAAGAAUGAUUCCACAACUUAAGCAAAUUGUUCAAGUGUCCAAGAAGGCUGUAGAGGAUGACCGCAGCGGUGAUGGUGCACUAAACUGUAUCAGAAGCGUUGUGAACAAUUUGCCUACAUUCGUGGGUGCAUAUCUGCAAGAUAUCUUUCGUAUAGUCUUCAACAAGUCUGUUAUUGAGAGAUAUACUGAAGAAAUUCAGACUCUGCUCAAUGCACUCAGCCGUAAAGUUCCAAGCAAGGAUCUCAUCAACGUCUUGAAGAAUGAGUGGGAUAAUGUCAUUCAGACAUCCAGUCAGGACGCAGUCGAGGCUUUCCUCUACCUCUUCAAGCGUGGUCUUCACUCGGCCGACAGAAGCUACAUUAUGGAUAACCAUAAGAAGCUUUUCAAAAUGUUCUUGGAGGUCUUCGACAUUAGAACUAUUGCAAAAGAGAAGAACAUGGAUGUUGUGCUUGUUGAGGAUUCAGCUAUUGAAGCAUUCGCUGAGAUGGUUGUUAAGAUCAAUGAGUCUACGUUCAGACCUGUCUUUAAGCGUCUUUACGAUUGGGCUGUUAUUGAUCUUGCUGAAGAUGCAACAAAGAAGGAUGCUUUCGACGCUCGUCGCAUCACCUUUUACCGCAUCUACAACUCUCUUCUCGACAGCCUGAAGGCAAUUAUUGCGCCAUACACAGCUAUUUCUUAUGAUCACACUUUGUUUUUGUUGGAUGAAUCUGCCAGCAAAUUGUCAGUAUCAUCAGCAACUUUAUGGGAAGCUGCUAUCGAUAUGGUUGCAAAGUCAGUCAAGAUGGAUAGAGGUACAUUCUGGACCGAAGAGCGUAUUGUUAAGGUUUCAGACAAGUUGGUUGCUCAAAUCAAAAUACAGCCAUCGAUGACCAAGGCUGGGGCACGCGGAGACGUAGCGUCGAACGCAGUUGUAGAGGCAGCGAACGCAUCAAGAACCGAUUCAAGUCUUCGAAAAGUUAACGGCGGUGUUUUGCUCAACAUGAGAGAUGAAAGCGCGCUCGUCAAGGUAGUAGCAUUGGAAACAGCUCAGGCGUUGUGGAAAGCCAUUCCUGACAGAAUGAUUGGAUUUAUUGCAGAGACGGUAUCCUCAUUCAUUACUGAAUGCCUUGAAGACAGUGAUGAAAGAGUUAUCAACAACGCUAAGAAAUUGCUCAAACAAAUCGAAGGAGAAACUGGAGAAUCACUCGAAUCUUACUUGGUUUAA